UGCAGAGAAGAUCAAAAGAAGAAUGGCAGAUUCUAAGGAAGCUGAAAACCAAAAUUUCCAAGAAAUGGAGAUCGACUAUGAUGGGAAUCAACAGGAGUUUGAUGUGCAGAGAAAGAUACACAACAUAGCAUAUGUACCUUUGGAAAAGUUCCAGUGGCUCAUAGUUGUUGGUCUUCUAGUGAUACUAGUGGCAUUAAAUAUCAUUCUACUAGCCAUAGGUAGUGCUACUCUUAAUGAAGUGAACGAUACUCCUACAGCUUCUCCAACAACUGAUACUCUUAUGAGUGACCCGCAAUACUCUAACAUAGUUGAAAUGAUCAAUGAGACCAAAAUGAUGCAAGCAUGGCUCAAUCAACACUUCAACCGCAGCAUGGCCUUCAAUGCUAACCAAUUCCUUGAGCUUUUCCAGGCACUGCAAGACCUUUCGGACCAGGCUACUAGUCAGACAGCUUAUGCUGUUAACAACAGUGAGGUUCUCAAUGAUAUAAGGGAAUUGACUUCACAGCAACUGAUAAGUAUCAUUGGUUCUCUUACAACCGUCGAAGGAACUACCACCGAAACUGCAGGGUCUGUGAAUGACAUACUGAUUGGAGUCGAUCAGAUAUUAAACAUCUUGAAUGCAUCCCAGCUACUCAAUUCCCUGCAAACUCUGACUUGCCUUGACGUAUACAAUGCACAGCCCAACAGUCCUUCAGGCUACUACCACAUCAACAGUGAAAAUGUUUACUGCAAUAUGGACAAUCUUUGCGGUCAAGGGGGUGGCUGGACAAGACUUGCUUAUCUCAAUAUGGAAGAUGGCGCAGUUAAUUGCCCCACUGGUUUUAAGUAUUAUCAAACUGGAGGUGUGAGAGCUUGUGGAAGGCAAAGUAACCAAAUUGGUUGCACAGGUACAUCUUUCACUCCAACUCAUUUAAGCUACUCCAAAGUCUGUGGAAAGGUAAUUGGAUAUCAGUAUGGUUCAACUGAAGGAGUUCUUGGAAGCAACGGUAAUAUUAACAGCCAUUACCUUGACGGGAUUAGCAUAACAUAUGGAUCACCUCGUAACCACAUAUGGACACUAAUAUCUGGACUCAGACAGAAUAACAUCGAUGGAGGGUUUUACAACUGCCCAUGCAGUCAAGGAAGCGUACAGACAGUACCAGGUUUUAUUGGCGAUAACUACUACUGUGAAUCUGGUAAUCCUCAUUUUGGUAUCUUUAACCAGCUCUUUACAGAUGAUCCUUUGUGGGAUGGAGAAGGUUGCAGCACAUUGGAGACAAAUUGUUGCACCAAUAAAACCCUGCCUUGGUUUUAUAGGGACUUUGGGAAUGUCUCCAUCACCGACCCUAUUGAGCUUAGAAUCUGUGGAAAUCAAAAUGACCUAGAAGACUCACCAGUAGGUUUAUAUGAGAUUUAUGUCAAGUAAAACUACUGAUAAAACUUAGUAUUAUUAUAGGCACUAUACACUGCUUUUUUCUGCUCCCUCUAACACAGCAUGCAUGCACUGUAUAAGAUGCAUUUUUCUGCUGUUCUACAUUUUUUGAUUGUAACAUGCACUCUAUCCUAUGAUUCUAUUUCUGUACUGCUGACAUGUAGAGCUAUAUAGUAUUCAUUGUGUCCAGGCUUUAAA